GUCCUCCCUCAUGCCAUUGUAUCCGGCUGUAGCAAGUGUAAUUUGUCGUUGAUACUUAUUUGAUCCAGGCAAUACAGUAGCAAGGCGGUCACUUAUAUGCAAAAUGUAAUGCAAUAUUCAGAGGUAAAUAAACAUAACAUUUUCGUAGGCUAAACCACGAAGCGUAGGAUAGCCUACUCCAUGUCUAGUGUAUCUUCGGAAAAUGUGUCAACGGUGCCUUUAACUCAGUCUCCCUAGGUAGCCUAAGCGGGCUGGCUGGGGUUGUUGAUGCCGUGCACUUACUGCGCGCACCCGAGCUGUGUGGACACUUGCAAGCUAUCGAAUUAAACACGAAAAAUACACUUUAAACAACUGAAACGUUGAAAAGGAGCCAUCUGAUAUCAGGAUGUGAACGUGGCCAGAGUCAUCCCUCCCAUGACCACAUCAUACCCCAGCACAUUAGAAUGUUCCUGAAGAAUGUUCCACCUGUGGUUGCACUGCAUACAGAAUGGAGGUCAUAUGGUCCAACAAGAAACUUUAGCCUGCCUUUGUGCUUCAAUGACUCUGACAGUGACAUAUCCACCACUGGCACACCAAUCCCCGAGAAGGUCCAGAUGAUUAUUGAAAGCCUAAGAAACACAGAGUCCUCCAUCGACAUGAGCGAUGAGUAUGAGGGAACUCUCCAGACAGGUCAGGCCCCAUCCCCAGGAUGCACCAGCAAGACAGUUGGUGUUGUGCAUAAGGCAAGGCGAAGGGGCACAUUGGGAGUUGCAAGAGAAGACAACAAACAUGUGGAUUCCAUGGAUUUUGGCACUCAGAGUCAGGACUCUGACAGUGAUGACUCAGUUGACAGAGGAAUUGAGGAGGCAAUUCAAGAGUACCUGAAGAAAAAGGGUGACCACAAGCGGAAGCUUGAGCCGACUGCAAGUCCAUCACAGGUUCCCAAGCACCUGAAGAAAGAAUGUCCCUUUUCAGAUACCCCCAAAAAUUUAGACGGCAAUAUAAUCUUAACUGCCAGGAGCAACCACAUCCCAAAAAAUGUGAAGAAAACGAGCAGCGAGAGACCCUCUGAGGAGAACUCUCUGCUGGUGAAAAAAGGGGACAUCAUUAAGGCUGUAAAAACAUUCCCCUCCUUUGAAACAAAGAAAUGUCAUAUUAAUGUAUGUUCUCAAUCUAAUAAAGGGCAAAAUCUCAGCACAGUUAAACUGGAGGAAGAGUCGCCUGACUCAAGCAGUGAUGAUGGAAUUGAAGAAGCAAUUCGCCAUUAUCAGCUUGAGAAAAUAAAGGAAAAUUCUGAAGACUUAAAAAAACCUUGCACAUUUUUGCAACCAAAUGAGGAAUCUGAUUCUAGCAGUGAUGAUGGCAUUGAAGAAGCUAUUCGUCAUUACCAGCUGGAGAAGCAAAAGGAGGAGGGCAAGCAUGUCUCAAAAGCCUUUAAGAACUCUCAUCCUAAGCAAGCCCAUGGGAGUAAAGCUCCUUCACUGUGUUUGGAUCAUUCAGGCACUCAAGCUAUCAAAAAACAGAAAGUGUUUACAAAGAAAAGGAAAACCGAGAGAAACUCUAAACCUGUACUGUCCACACCUGUAGCAUCCCGUCACACUUUGAGUAAAUCAUUAGACAACCCUGACAUUACAGACAAUGGUAUUUCUUUAACAAAAAGCAAAAUUCUUUCAGAAAAGCUAACUCCAGCUCCUUUGAAGGUGAACACUACUGCUGAGCUAAUGUGCGCAGAGGCUAUAUUGGAUAUUUCUAAAGCUGUCAUGCCUGAGGCUUUUACAGCACUUCCAAAUAACUGUGUUUCAUCUACUUUUCACAGUCAGGACAGAAUGAACUGUGUAGAAAACAAAACUGAUGAAAGCUCAAUUGACAGCGAUGAUGGAAUUGAACAAGAGAUCAGAAAGUUCUUGGAACUUAAGGCACAAAUGCACAGCCAAUCAUCUGGCACAACCAACUUUCCAGGUACACAAGAGCAUGCCAUGUCACCACAGCAAAAGAGGAAGGCUGACCCUUCCCAAAAUAAGAAGCUGAGGCUUUCUUUGUCACAUAAAAGAAAACGUAAGGAGGAAGGUGGUAAUAUUUGCAUAGCAGAAGUAAUGGAUUCCAAAUUACAAGACGAACAUCACCCACAGCCUUUGGCAGUGCAGGACAAUAAUAACACACUUAAGACUCAAGCAGAUGCAUCAGAAAAGGCUGGUGUUGCUCUCCAUGUGGCCACAACUACAAAAACCGAAGAGCCCACAAAAAACGGUGAGCAGAAACAUACCACCACUGUCAGCUUGAAGGAUGCCAAAGAUUUGGGGAGAGAGGUAGAUUCACAUCGAUCCAUUUUAAAAAAUGAAGUAUCAAAAUCAUUAAUGUUGGCAGAGAGAAGGGCGCAGACUGGAGACAAGAGCAGCUCAUUGGACAGUGAUGAAGACCUAGAUGCUGCAAUAAAAGACUUGCUGCUGACUAAGAAAAAGGUGAAGAGGAAGACAAGAGACCGAAAGUUGAAGUCAAAAAAGUGUGUUCAAUUUGGAGCUGUAGAGCUGUGCCUUGUGGACGAAUUAGAGUCUGAGAAAAAGAAAACUGUCAUGGAUUGUAAAACUUUUCCCAGCUCUAAGAUCACUAAGAGUUGUAUUUCUAAAAGUAGUAAAGAAGCUCCUAAGCAGAACACAAAUGGCGGAAGUAUAAAACCAAAAUUGUGUAAAAACUCAUCAGAGCAGCUGAAGGCCGAUAAGCAGGUGAAACACUCCUGCCAGUUUGAACAAAUAGGUCAAAAGAAAGGUCACACUGAUGUAGAACUCCUAUCAAGUGGCAGUCAUCUGGGUGCAGCUCAGGUAGAACACGAUAGCAGCUCAGUGGACAGUGAUGACAGCAUUGAGCAGGAGAUUAGGAAAUUCUUGGCAGAAAAGGCUAAGUUGUCUAUGGUGAGAAAGGAUGGGGAAGAUGUAAAGAAUAUUAGUAACAACCCCACUGAUUCCAUGACAAAGGAGGGAGUAAAGAUGGAAGCUCAGCAGGCUGAGAUUCCACCCACCACAGAAAAUCUGUACGAAGUACUUCCUUACAGUGAUGUGUUAGGACAGCCAGGAUGUUGGGAAAGGGAGGUCCUAAAAAGUACAUCCCUAGGCUUAGGGUGUCACGUUCCUCAGUCAGCCGAUAAGGGGUUAUCUCCUUCGGUGGCCAGUACUUCCAACUCCCCAUCCAGCCUGAAGCCAGAUAAGGAAGUGAACACCGUGAAGGCAGUGAAAAUGGGGAGAGUAAGCCUGAAAAACAGCAGCACUGAUAAAACUGGUCCAGGCAUGGAAAAGGUUAUGUCAGUCUCCAAAAUCAAUCCAGUUUCACCUAGCUAUAAAACAGGAAAUAUUUACACACACCGGGCAACACUUCCACUGAUACAGACGGGGGUGCCUGUGUCACAGAGCCCAUUCCAUAUCAGUUCACCCAUGAGGGUCAGAGAUGUCCAUGUGACAAACCUAUCUGAUCUGCAUGUCCUUGCACGUGAAACACGCGACUCUGUAUGUCCAGCAGCAGGAAACCAUAAGAAUGUCAACAAAGUUGAAUCCCUAGAACCUUCUCCCCAGUCCCCAAAUACGUCCAUUGUUGCCGUCCCCUCUUUCGCUACACCAACUCCAGCCAGGCAGGCUGAUGAGGACUUUGUGUUAGAAGAGACGAGAGGGAACAGCCUUGAACAAAAAGCAGCCCCUUGUCCACCAAGGAAUGUGGUGCACAUCAAAAUGGGCCAGCCCUUGUUCUUAGAGCUGUCCUCCCGUAGCAGUAACUAUGUUGAGAUCAAGAGUAGGGAUCUGAGUAAGGGUUGUGACAAAAUAGUUUGCACCAGAGAAAGGGAAGAGAGCAAGGGAGAGGGAGGAGACCUUGUGAGAGAAGGAUCUGAGGAAUGUAUAGAUGAGACAGGUGAUGAAUCAGAAGAGAGCCCAAGUGCUAGUCAGAGGUCAAGGGCGAAGAAACAGUUUCCUAGAUUGAUUUUGUCCACCACCAUUGAUCCUGGAGAGAGUUUUAGACCCUACAUCAUACUGAAUUCACCUGAGAGGAACCUGAGACACCCCAGGAGAAGCAUAUUUUCAGAGGACCAACAGAGUCAUAAUCUGAAGAUGCAUGCUGACACUCAGAAACAAAUGUCCCAAAAAGGCCCUGAAAGAAUACAUCCAAACUAUGCUGUGAAUGUCAGCACAUUCUAUUCCAGGAAG